UCAACAACGCGGGUAGAGGUAUAGUGUCGAGCAUAUGGGACGGGGAUAUACUCGAUAAGUAUGAGCUCAUUAUGAACACAAACCUCCGGUCAGUCGUAUGGUUGACUCACUUAUGUGUCGAGCAUUUGGAGAAAACUAAGGGUAAUAUCCUUAACGUGUCGAGCAUUGCGGCACUUAAACCGAUAAACCUAUUGUAUUCAAUGUCAAAGGCGGCGCUGGAUAUGUUCACAAAGUGCGUAGCGCUCGAGUUGGGCCACAAAGGCAUCCGGGCUAACGUUAUCAAUCCCGGUCCCGUUAAGACCGAGUUUAUCGAAAUCUAUCGUAACGUUACUAAAGCAAAAUACGAUGAAUUAUACGAAGAAAGGGCCAAGAAGUGUCCGAUUGGACGGGUGGGUGAGCCCCUGGAUGUGGCAAAAGUCGUGUUGUAUUUGACGUCCGAUGAGGCGUCGUUUGUGACCGGAUCCAACUUCGUGAUCGAUGGCGGCGCCCAAUAUGUCUAACCCUCAUAUUUAUCACGUUAUGGUCAUGUCUUAGUUAUUGGCAU